AUGAAGAUGGUUUUGGUGGUGCUGCUGCUGCUGAGCACCCUCCUGGGUACCCCUGGGGUGCCUUCCCAGCGCCCUGCUUGUUACAAGAGGGCCCUCAAGGACCACAGCUGUCACAACAUCCCCGAAAGCCUCGAGAACCUCCGACACAUCGACGAUGGUCUGCAAGAUCACUUUUGGGAAGGGAAGGGCUGUGAGGUCAUCUGUUACUGCAACUUGGAUGAAUUGCUCUGCUGCCCAAAGGAUAUUUUCUUUGGACCAAAGAUAUCAUUUGUGAUCCCCUGCAACAGUCCAUGA